UACAUUUAUUUUUAAGAUAUUUCUACUUCAUUAACACCAGACAUUAUUAUUUAAAAAAGAUUUCUCUUUGAACUUUUCACCUCCAGGUAUGAAUAAAGGAAUUUAAAAAUGUUAGAAAAAGCUGAAAACUAAAGGUUUUGCCCCUUCGCCCUCUGGGAGGCGUCCUGGCGUCAUCAGAGGAGUUCCAGAGGAAACACGUCAUGAUGGUCUGGGGACACAUGGGGAGUGUCAGUGUACAGAGUCAUGUAACACACACACACACACUGCAGGUAAAAAUGUAAUGUUGGGUCACACACACACACACACACUGCAGGUAAAAAUAGAAUGUUGGGUCACACACACACACAGUCAGGGCACAGAUGUGUGUGUUUCAGUGUCAGUAAACAAGCCGGAGAAAGCAGGAAACUAACAGAGAUGGGUCCAGAGAGGAAGGUGGACGUUCCGGUCUACGACCUGUCCUUGAUCAAAGGGAUCUGGGAGGUCCGGGUGAAGAAAUACAGACAGAAACAGAAGAAGGAGCAGGAACGGGUGGAGAAGAGCGCCCUCGCCAGGAUCGAUCAGGAAUGGCAGUAUCGGAUCUACUGUAAGACCCUGAAGCCCACAGAAAAGCACCAGCUGCACCAGUACCUGGAGAGAUCCACUCAACCACACACAAGUACCCACAACACACUACUGCUCACAGACUCAACAGAUCCAGUUCUAGGAGACCAGCAGCAGGAGGAGAAUGAUUUGGAUCACAAGAACCUGAUCUUCAGGCUGGAUGGAGAUCGUUGGAUGGACUUUCCCAGAGAGCUGCAGUGGAUGACCUACCUGCGGGAGUGGCACAUCUGGGGGACAAGAAUCCGUCAGCUACCGGACUUCCUGGUUCUGUUCACCCAGCUCACUGUGCUUGAGAUAGCCAAAAACGCCAUCACAGAUCUUCCUCCGGAAAUCGGGAAGCUGGCCGAGCUCAGGAGGCUGAACGUCAGCUACAACCGUCUGUCCAGAGUUCCUCCAGAACUGGGAUCCUGUGAGAAGCUGGAGAGACUGGACCUGGCAGGAAACCACAACCUGUCUGAGCUUCCAUUUGAGCUCAGCAGCCUGAAGCAGCUGGUUCACCUGGACAUCUCCGAGAACCGGUUUAUCUCCAUCCCCAUCUGCACCUUGAGGAUGACCAGCCUGCAGCUGCUGGACUUGAGCAACAACCAGCUGACCGACCUGCCCCAGGACAUGGACAGAUUGGAGCAGCUGGUCACCUUGUUCAUCCACAGGAACAACCUGUCCUACCUCCCUCUGUGUCUCGCCAACAUCUCCACCCUCAAGGUGAUCGUCGUCAGCGGCGACGAGCUCACCUGCCUCCCGACCAAGCUGUGCAACAGCCCAGACAUCAAGUUGAUCCGUUUGUUCGACAACACCGCCAGCGAAAAGAGGAAGAAGAAAAAGGAGGAGGAGAAGAAAAAGAGAGAAAAGGAGAAGCAGAGAAGGUGGAAGGAGCAGAAGGAGGAGGUGAAGGACAGCAGAGAGAAGGAGUUCAUAGAGGUUUACAUCGGCUCGCUGAAGGACCGAGACACCGUCCCCUUCUCCACCACAAAGGUGUCCAUCUCCUGCCUGUUGUGAGGAAGAGGAUGAAGAAGUUGGAAGUGAAGGUUUUGAUUUUAAGUUUCCAGAGGAGCUCUUAUUUUCUCCUGUGCUUCUGCAGUUUAUUUCCUUUAAGAAAACAUUUAAGAACUUUUUAGGUAUUUGUCAGCCGAGACCAAAACGAGGCAAGCGAGAGAGCAGGACGUGAAGAAUGAUGUAAAGUUGAAACUGCUUUUGAGAGUUUUGUGUAAUUAGUAGUUUAGUUAGAAAAAAGUUUGUGCUGAAAUUUUAAAUAUGAAUUUAAAAAUAUAAUUUUGGUUAAAGAAUCUAGUAAAACCUGUCAUAUUUAACCAAGUUUAUUCAAUAAAAGAUUCCAUUUUUACCGAA